AUGUCUGGAAAGCCCGGCGAGCAAGUCGACGAGCGUCUUGGCGUGCGUAAACGUUUUCGAUCACUACUACAAAAGCGGUUUCCCUCCAGGAGUCGAGCUGCCCAACCCGAUGCGGUGCUGCCAAAUCAACAGGCGAACUCUAGAGACAUCGGCGACUCACAUGACGUUCAAACGACGGCGGCUCCGGUGGGCAAUGAGAACGAUCCCAUUCGUGUAUGGGACGAGGCAUGGGUGUCCAUGAAAUCUGAAGAACCAGACCUGCUUGUGAAAUACGAGCGCUACCUCUUAGCCCAGGAUAACCCCGACGCGAAUCCUGAUCCCGAUCGUCUCUCUGGCAAGGACAAGAAAGAUCAGCUUCUUCGCACCGCUGACUUGAAGAUCAUGGCUGCAAAAGCGAAGCUUGCAGAGGAAGGCGUCUGUGGCCGUGUUAAAACCGUCGUUGAAGGGGCCGUGACCAUUUUGAUCCAAGGAAAAGACCUCGUCACAGCUAUUGCCACCACUGAGCCGCACGCUGCACUGGUGUGGGCAGGAUGCAGCGUUAUAUUACCGUUUCUGCUGAACCCAAGCACAGAGCGAACCGCUGCUCUGGAGGGGUUUACUGAUGCCAUGCGAAUUAUGUGCCGAUUCAGUGUUAUCGAAACGGAUCUAUUCAGUAGCUCCGGCGUCGGCUUCAUGUCUGACUCAGAGCUCGUUAGACUGAAAGAUCAACUUCGCAUGUACCUGAUUCAACUGUACGCCCUGAUCAUUCAACUUCAAAUUCGGCUUGUUCUUCGAUAUGAUCGCACGGCUGUCACUCGGUUCGUUCGUGAUACAGUGAAAGCAGAUGACUGGAAAUCGCUGGUGAAGAGCAUCAAAGACCUAGAGGAUUCCAACUUUAGAGAUAUCAAUGCGAUUGGACAGCACGUCCUGCUCCACGUACGAACUACCAUCGAACAUCAGGGCCAGCAGAUGUCGGUGGGAUUUGCGGAGAUGACAAAGAAGUUUCGUGACCUCGACGAGGACAUACAGGGUGUUCGUCAGAAAAUCAUUGGCCGCGAAGAUGCCAUCGACGAUUUGAAAUGCAAGGAUGCCUUCAAGGUCGAGAUCAACUACGUUCUUCAGAAGGAUAGGAACAGUGUCUGCGCACCAGACUCUGGACAGUGGUUCUUUCAUCACCCCGAGUAUGAGGCAUUUCAAAGUGCUAGGGCGCCACAGUUGCUUUUCAUCACCGCAGAAGCAGGUGGCGGCAAAUCCACCAUCAUGAGGACCUUUAUCGACAAGCUUCAGGCAUACGAUGAGCCUCCUUUGAUUGCACAUUUUUUCUUCAAGGACGACGAUGACCGGCUCCGCAGCUACGACGACGCUCUAAGUUGCUUGAUCCACCAAUUGCUAGUGCAGCAACCCGGGCUGGUCCAGUACGCCAAAGGACCAUACCAACAGUACGGAGACGCAAUCAGGCAUCAAACUCGAGAAAUGUGGCAGAUCAUCCUCGAGUUUGCUUCGCAAGCGGAUCGUGACAUCUUUUGCAUAUUGGACGCGGUUGAUGAAUGCACGGCACCGCACAGAAAGCAGCUUGUAGCUGACCUCGCAGACGCUUUUCAGGAUGCAGCGCAGCCGGCGUCUCGGCUGAAAUUUCUCGCAUCAUCCCGACCAUAUCAAGACGAGAACCACCCCUACGCCGACCUAUUUACCUCCAGUAAUAACAUCAGACAUCUGGCAGGCGAGAACGCACAAGUCCAAUUCGACAUUCGCAAGGUCAUUCAGUUCAAGGCGCAAGAACUCGCUGAAAAGAGAGGACUCGAACAGGGCAUCCAAGACAUGCUGGUGGCAAAACUCUCUGAACAGAACGUACAUACGAGAUCGUUCCUGGCGGUCCGGAUGGCGUUCGAGCUGCUGGAUUCGCAUAACAGGAUGCACAAAGGAGCGGGGGAGAGGACGAUCAAUACUAUCCUUGGCGACAUUCCAAAGCAGCUGGGCGACCAGUUUGACGAGAUGCUCAAGAGAAGUCUGGAUAGUGAACACGCAUGGAGGCUUCUGUGCGCCAUCCUCGCAGCACAAGAAACACUCAGGAUUCCUGAGUUCAAGGUCAUCUACUCUCUCACACAGCCGACAAGCAGCACGGUCGGUCCGGCCAAUUCAUACGACGAACUCGAGCUACCGACCGAUGACGAAGGGUUCAAGCAACUCGUCCGGUCUAGAUGUGGUCUGUUCAUCACCUUUGUUAGUGACUCUAUACACCUGUUUCACCAGACCUCCCGGGAACAUCUCAUGGCAAAAGCAGAUAUGUCUGGGACGACGCCCUUCGCCGAGCCUGCGCGAAUCUGGGAUGUUCAAAGUCAUCAUAUCAACACGAAACACGGGCCGUCUUGGAGAGGUUCCAUUACAAAGGAAGAUGCCAAUCUCGUCUUUGCGAUGAUCUGUCUGAACAUCCUAACUUUCACCGUAUCACGAACGUGGUUGCUUGAAGCGUGA